AUGGCCGAAUACUGGAAAUCGACACCAAAGUACUGGUGCAAAUUCUGCCAAGUCUUCGUGCGCGACACCAAGUUCGAGAAGCAACAACACGACGCAACCGGCAAGCACCAGUCGGCGAUCCAGCGCUCGCUGCGCGACCUGCACCGCACGCGCGAACGCGAGGACCGCGACAAGCAGCGCGCCAAGGAUGAGGUCGCACGACUGAACGGGCUUACUACCGGUGGCGGCGCUUCCUCUUCGUCCUCGGCAGCAACAGCAACGGCGAGCAGUAGCAGCAGCAAAGCGAAGGCCACAAAAGCGGAAGCCCCCAGGCAAGCCACGGCCGAGGAGCGCAAGCGCCAGCUGAAGCAGCUGGCCGAGCUGGGCGUCGCCGUGCCGGACGAGUUCAGGGGCGAGAUGGCCAUGGCGGGCGAGUGGCAGACGGUGGCGGUCAAGCCGCUCGACGGCUUGUCAGAAUACCGGGACGCCAACCUCGGCGCGGGCGGCGCGCUGCUCAACGUCGGCGUGCGAAACAAGCGGAAGGCCGAGGACGACGAGGACGAGGACGAAGACGUGCAGGCGCUGACCAAGGGUGAGAAGAAGCCGCUGAGGAAGCCGGGUUGGGGCAACAGCUUCAAGACUUACCCCGGCGCGAAGGGCGGAGAUCCCGGAGAUGAUAUUGAGGCUCUGCUGAGCGGGGCAAAGAAGGUGAAGACGGAGGCUGCGGACGCGGCGGUCAAGGAGGAGGAUCCCGAUGAGGGCGUGAAGAAAGAGGAACCGGAGGACGGUGGCAUCAAGAAGGAGAAAGGCGAUGAGGAGCCCGUGAAGGACGACCCUGUUGGAGGAGAGCCGAAGCUCGCAGAUAUACCGCCAGUGAAGACGGAGGAGGGCGAGGGAGAAAAGGAAGACUCUGGUGCUGCUACCGGCGGCGUGGUGUUUAAGAAGAGGAAGAGCAAGGCCAUGCGUCAAAAGUGA